AUGAUCCUGUCUGACCCUGCGGUCGGUGAGCAGACCAUUCAAACCUUCGAAGCCUUCGAGCUUGCGAACACAUCGCAAUCUGGAUCAAAAGCUUCUGCUGGGGCGUCUUUCCUGGCGCUUAACCCUGACACUUCCAGUGACGCCGAAAUAGCUCUGGUGCCAUCACUUGAGACACCGUCGGAGGCAUCUUCUGUCCGAGACCACUACUCCAACCAUGACACGUCGCAGAGUGGUCUGAUCUUACACCCGGUGGAUGGUGGCUACCACGCUUGGUCGUUUGUUUUAGGUGCUGCCCUAGUUGAGGCUCUUGUCUGGAGCUUCCCAUUUGCUUUCGGUAUAUUCCUUGCUGCCUAUUUACAGGAUGAAGACCUCAUUUCUCAGCCCCACGCUGAGACGUAUCUUCCGCUCAUCGGCACUUUAGCUUCAGGCAUCAUGUAUUGUUCUGGUCCUCUCGUCUUUCCAUACAUUGCCAAUCACCCGCAGCAUAGACGUCCGUGCAUGUGGAUUGGAACUUUUCUUUGUUGGGCAAGUCUAUUCGGCGCCAGUUAUGCACGCAAAGUUUAUCAGCUCCUCAUCUUGCAAGGUGCCUUAUAUGGUCUCGGAGGAGUGUUUCAUCCUUGUAUCUCCCUCCUAUCGGAAUGGUUUGUAAGACGUCGCGGUUUAGCGAACGGCAUCCUCUUUACUGGUUCUGCCGCAGGUGGCCUUGUCCUACCUUUCAUCAUCCCCCCUCUCUUGGACUCGUAUGGGCCGUACAAGACGCUCCGAAUCUUAUCUAUUGUCAUUCUCCUUCUUCUCAUCGUAUCUCUCAUGCUCAUCAAGCCUCGGUUGCCUGAGAAUAGGAUCAGAGGGCCUGGUCCCAGGACAGACCCGUCGUCUGUAUGGUUGAAAAGUUGGUCCUGGUGGGGUCUCAUGCUUGCCAACACAAUACAGGGCUUCGCAUUCUUCGUCCCAAUGCUGUGGGUUCCAACAUUCGCAUCUGCCCUUCAUCUGAGUUCUUCAAUGUCAUCGUUGGCGCUUGCACUUCUCAACGGUUCUUCGGCGCUUGGCCCCCUUGUCGUUGGGAGUCUGUCCGAUCACUUUACUCCUUGGCUUAUAGCCCUUAUCACGGCGAUAUUAUCUUGCAUAUGUACCUUCGUCUUUUGGGGUGCCAUAGGAAAUGUUGCGGGCUUGAUGAUAUUUGGUGCCACGUACGGUCUCGUCGCAGGCGGCUGGAGUACCCUGUGGUCAGGAUUUGUCCGCAAGAUCUCAAAAGACGACCCGUCCCUCUCGAUGUCGUUGUAUGGCUUCCUGAUGCUCACGCGUGGGCUCGGAAACGUAUUGUCGACACCCGUCUCGACACGCCUAGCAAGCUUAUCUUCAACCAUCACGGCCACUGGGUAUAAAAUGACUGGAUUUGACCUCGAAGGAGGUAGAUUCGGAAAAUUGAUUGUAUAUGUUGGGACUUGCUAUGCAGCUGCUGCUAUCAUCGCCCUCAUUGGUUGGGGUGGUGAGACGAUUGCAGCAAGAAGACAUUCGUGA